AUGUUUUGUAUUAUAAAAAUUUUGGAAUAUCGGAACUCUCUCAUCGUAAUCGUAAAAAUAGCAAAAGAAGGGUUUAGUUUUGAGAGAGCGAAUAUAUACAAACCUCUCAACUGCCGUACGUUGAAAUAUUUAUCUAAAAUAUCAAUUCUGAUGUUAAAACGUGGUGUUAUAUAUGAAUGUUCUGCCCACGCAUUCUGCAGGGUGAAAAGUGCUUGUCAAGUAACACUGACUGGGACUCGCUACCAUUCGACAUUGAAUUGCAGAUCGAAUGUAAAAACGCAGCCUAUUGAUAAAUCAUCUCAGAAAAUUAGACACUUGCAGUUUGUAAAGCAAAUUCCCUUUGAAGAUGGAGUACGAUUACAGGAGAAAUUUGUCCGAGCCCACUUAGAUAUCAAGCAACUUCAGUCAAAGAUCAAAAAUCGCAUUGCUAAAUUGCAACAAGAACAUGGCAUGGAGAUUCAAUUGAACCCUCAUGAACAAAGUAUCAUUGAUAGCAUAGCUGAAAUGAAGCCUAAUCCAAUUAUAUUGACAUUUGAAUUCGAACCUACUUAUUCAGGCGGAAAACGUAUAAAGAAGCAUAUAACGCAACAGGAAAUUGAUAAAUAUGAGAACUUCGUUCCAUCACAGCAGACUGAAAACAAAAAACCGAAGUUUGUCCAAGUUGAAAGAGGCGGUCAGAUAACAUUUCAUGGGCCAGGUCAAAUGGUAGCCUACAUAAUUCUUGAUUUGAAAACAUUCAAAGAUUUCCCUGCAAAAUGUUUAGUAUCUACUAUUGAGGAUGCCGCUAUUAACACUCUAAAAAAUGUCAAGAAGUAUAAGGACAGUGAUGAACAGUUAAAUCUAGUCGCAAAGAAAACAGGUGACACUGGGGUGUGGGUUUCCGCUGAUGAAAAGAUUGGAAGCAUUGGGAUACAUGUUAGGAGAUCGAUAACCUCACAUGGUGUAUGUAUAAACGUUGAUCCUGACUUGUCAUAUAUGAAUUCAUUUACUAUGUGUGGACUACCAGAUAAAAUAGCAACAUCAAUCAGGGAUCAAUUUCCAGAAUCUACUACUUCUGUAAAUGAAGUGGCUGUCAAAUUUGUGAACGAAUUUGCAAAAUUAGUCGGAGUUAAUACCGUUGAAAGAGUUCAAUUGGAUGAACUACCUAUUGAUGAAAAUGAGUGA